AUGCCACAGCUGACUGAGCCUGCCAAUCUGCCACCACCACCCUAUAAUGGCUCAAAUGUGGUCUUCCUAAAUUCGACUUUACGACAAACAUUGCGUAUGUCCUCAGCGGCGGAGCAAAUCAGAAUUCGGAUAUCGAAUGCGUUUGGCGGGUCAGACCUGCCCAUCACUGGUCUGACCGUCGCUCUUCCGUUCAAUGGCUCUGCUGGCGUCAGUGCCAUCCAGUCAGACACUCUGCAGACCGUAACAUUCUCCGGCAACGAGUCUACUUUGAUCCCCAAUGGAGCACUGGCUGUCUCAGACCCAAUCAACCUCCGCCUGAAUCCGGGCACCAUGCUCUCAGUCACGCUUUACACGAGAGAAGGUCAAGGAGGCUCUUCGAUUACGUCUCACCCAGGUAGCAGGACUACAAGCUGGUUCACCAUGGGCAAUCAGCUCUCUUCAACGAAUCUGACUGGGCCUUUGCUGAACAGCACCGCCCACUGGUACGCGUACUUCAUAUCUGCCGUUGAGGCCUGGACGACCCUGGAUGCUGGGAGCUUGGCCAUUGUAGGCGACAGCAUAACUGACGGCCGAGGAAGUACCACAGAUGCGAACAACCGCUGGCCAGACCUACUUCUUGGAAAACUCCAAGCGAAUCCAAGCACUACCAAAAUAGCCAUCGCCAACCAAGCCGCAGGGGGCAACCGUAUCCUGGCUGAUGGACUGGGCCCCAACGCGCUGAGUCGCAUCGACCGGGAUGUUCUCUCGCAAUCCGGAGUCAAGUAUGCUAUGAUUUUUGAAGGGGUCAACGACAUUGGGGUUGCUUCUGCAGACCAUGCAAACCAGUCUAUCAUCUGCGAUCGUAUCAUCUCCGCAUACGACCAGAUUAUCACUCGAGUGCACGCACACCGAAUCCCAAUAUUCGGCGCCACGAUAACACCAUUCAGUGGUCAGAACUCCACGCUACAACCAUACUCUGACCCUAUUCGAGAAGAGACUCGGCAGCAGAUCAACUCGUGGAUCCGAAACAGUGGCCGUUUCGACGAAGUCAUUGACUUUGAUCAAGUCCUGGCUGAUCCUGAACACCUGGACCAGCUGAAUCCUCUAUACGAUAGCGGUGAUUACUUGCACCCCAAUCCGGCCGGCUACCAGGCGCUGGCAGAUGCAUUUCCACUAGAGUUUUUUGCAGAAUACGCUGGGGAUAUCAGUGGCUUUGUGUGA